UGACAUUUGCGGUGUGAGAAGCUAGUUUGAGAACAGCUAACCGGGUAAAGAUGAGGAACUAGUACAGGAAAUGGGAAAUAUUUUUUCCUUUUAGCACCAGGGUCGACUUUUGUGUUUGACUUUGUUAUAGUUCUCAGAUUACAGAAGACACUUUAUGUCAGAUGUAGCGUUUGAUAAAACUUCCUGUGUUGGCGACCACGUUAAAUAGUUAAGCUAGUGCUUUUUUUUUUUUUUUCUUCUUGAACUUGUGUAGUAAACGUGCGGAGUUCAGGUUGAGGACGCUCUCCAGUUUGCCGUUCUGAAAUGUCCAUACUCUUCUCAUAACCGAAGUUUAAUUUUUAUGCAUUGCAGUAUGCCUUUAAGCGCUUGAGCCGACUUGACAAACUGCGUUUUGCACACAAGGUUAAAAUUAGCUUUAGCCAAGUAGCUCCUUACUCCCUUCUUGCUGCAGCCUUCUCACUUUUCUUCCGCUGACUCGUCGGGACAGGUGUGCUGAAAUUGGGCCAGGUGUGGCGAUACCCAGGGUGCACUGCUACUUAAUCACAGCGUGCACUGACAGUCCACUUCAGGGAUUUUUUUUUUCUGUUACUUCAGUUAAGCCAGAGGUGGAAUAAUGCUGCUCUCUUUGGUUGUGCACACAUACUCGCUGCGGUACUGGUUUCCAGCCACGAUCAUGCUGGGGACAGCCCCAGCUUAUCUGCUGUCAUGGGGGGCUUGGCGCUUACUUUCAACUGUCUUACCAGCGAGUUUGUAUCACAAAAUAGAUGACCGAUUGUACUGCAUCUACCAGAGUAUGGUCCUAUUCUUCUUUGAAAACUACACAGGAGUUGAGAUUGUUAUAUAUGGAGAUAUACCAAAGAACAAGGAGAAUGUGGUCUACCUGUCAAAUCAUCAAUGCACAGCUGAUUGGAUCAUUGCUGACAUGCUUGCCAUCAGGCAGAGUGCUCUUGGUCAUGUCAGAUAUGUCCUUAAAGAUGGGCUCAAGUGGCUGCCACUCUAUGGAUGGUAUUUCUCUCAGCAUGGGGGAAUCUAUGUGAAGCGAAGCUCAAGGUUCAAUGAAAAGGCGAUGAGGAAGAAGCUUCUUGCUCAGACUCAGCGUGGAGCACCGAUGUACCUCGUCAUCUUCCCCGAAGGAACUCGGUAUAAUCCAGACCUCAAGAAUGUUAUCGCUGACAGUCAGGCUUUUGCUGAGAAAGAAGGGCUCGCUGUCCUGAAGCAUACACUAACACCUAGGAUGAAAGCAGCUCACAUAGCCAUCGAUACCAUGAAGGGCCACCUGGAUGCUGUGUAUGACAUCACUGUGGCCUACGAGGGAACGCUGGACAGCUCUGGGCGAAGAAGAUCUGCACCAGCGAUGCCAGAAUUCCUUUGCAAAGAAUGUCCCCGCAUCCACAUACACUUCGACCGUGUGGACAUAAAGGAAAUUCCCUCAGAGCCGGUGUUUUUCCGCAGGUGGCUGCACGAUCGCUUCGAAAUCAAGGAUCGGUUGCUGAGCGAUUUCUACGAGUCGCAGGAUUCAGACAAAAUAUGCAAGUUCCCCGGCGAGGCCAAAUGUUCCCCUCUGAGUCUCUCGAAAACCCUGCCCUCAGUGGUGAUCUUGGGGGGCCUGACUCUGCCGAUGCUGCUGACAGAAAACGGCAGGAAGCUGUACGUGAGAACCUGGGUGUGUGGGACGCUGCUGGGCUGGCUGUGGGUGAACAUUUUUCCUUAACGAACGGGGGCAGACUGCAACGAUGAGACGCACAAAAGACUUGGAGAUGGUGCCAUUUUCCUGUAUUGCGACACAAUGUAUGCUCCGGAUGCAGAACAGUGUCUGAUAAGAGGCUCAGAGAUAUAUUUCCUUUUUUUUUUUUUUUCUUCUUCCCUCCUUUUUCCAAGUUUGACUGUUUGACCGGAGACACUGAGAAAUGUUAACCUUUUGUGCUAUUUGAUCUCUCUUAUUUGCAGCCUGUUAAAGUAUUAAUUUCUCAAGUUAUUGGUCUACUAUGAAAUAAUAAAAUAGCUUCAUACCUCUGUUAAAAUAACUCCCCCUUAUUGGAUUGAGCCAAAUUAGUAUUCUUGCAUUUUGUUUUUCUUUUUCUUUGGUCUUUUGGGCAGUUUAGAGUUUUUAUUAUUUCUGAGAGCAAAGUGUGCCGAGCACUAUAAAAACACAUGCAACGAUCACGGUUGGCUGCCCUAUGAACAAACGCAGCCUGCUGAUGAUUGAUCAUUUAAGUGCACUGAUUUAUUGAUAUUGGUUAUAAUGUUUUUGUUUUAUGCCAAGUCCCAUAUCAGGAAGAUAUGCACUUUCCCUGUGUAAAGUGUUCAUUUUUUUUCUUUUUUACAUUGGUAGAACAUCACGCAGUCCUCUGUACGGGCCUGUAAGGGUGACACCAGCUACGUUGUUUACCAUAAAUAUUAAUCUUUUGUUUUCUGACUAUGAAUGUAGCCAUAAGAACAUGUUUAUUUGCGCGUGUAUGAAAGACUACCCUCCCCUUUUCCUGUUUUCAGCACAGCCUUUUAUCACGAAGCACUGGGAGAGCUCACAGUGGAGGACUGUGUAUUGUCGGAGAUCAUGUUCCACCAAUGUAAAUCAUUACUUUCACCUGAAAAUGUCAGUCAUUGCCAAAACCUGGUGUGUUUGCCAUGAAGAGCGUCUGUGUGUUUUAAGUUGAGCAAUACUUGUCGAUGACAUCAAAGAAAUUUUGUCUGUUCUGUUCCUCUGAGUUUUAAAAAAAAAAAAAAAUCUCAUUUGGUGUUUUUCAUAAUUGUUUGUUCGUAACUUUUAUAUAUGCAUUUGCUACUGCGGUGUUAUGUUCACGUCUGUCUACCUAACAAAAAGCUGACAAAGCCAUGUUAACAGUAUAUAUAUCGCAGGUUCCUGUGCACUCAAAGCCAUUUGUAUUUUAAACAUCGCCGUGUCGUGAAAUGCACUGUAUGUUUGUUGUUGUUUACCAUAAAGAAGACAUUGCAUUUUCCACACGUCACUUUACGUAUUUACAGUCUCCUGUAGCCUGAUGCUUGUUUUUUCCUCGUGUGGAUGGUAUAGUGUAAUCAUGAUUUUUACAUCUUGCUCCGAUACCUCACUUGAAAUAAUCCUUCCUUGUUUUUAAAUGACCUUUGUCAGCCAUUUUCUAGUCAUUUUUAUCCAGACGAGAUCAGACUGUAACUCAUCAGGAAACUCAGUAGACUGUAUUAAAUGCCAACUGUUUUUGGAAAUGUGUGCCUUCUCUUUGGAGGAGUCGGUCCUCGGCCGUCUCGCAGAGCGCCACAGUGGCUCUUUUCCGCCAGGUGACUGCACAGACGCUCUCUGCUGGAGCUGCUGCUCACUGCAGCGCGGCCACGUUGUCUACAGUUCACAGUGGCUUAUUUUGCUCUAAGAAUGCAUGGAUUUACACUUUUUGAGGACUAUUAUUAAAUGGUGAAACCUUUAAUGUGUGUAAGUUAUGGAAGUGGGGGUGAGAAUGAAAUAAAGCAGUUUUCCU